UUUUUUACUGGCCUAUAGAAAAUGGAAAGGAGGUUUAUUCUAAAAGUCAACAAUAAUUUGACAAUUUAUUGACACAUGACAAAUGACAGUCAGUUGUGCAGAUUGCCGUCAGUCUCGAAUCUCGAUAAAAUCUGUCUGGAACUGCUCUAAAUUUUGAAGCGUGCUGAUCUUCGUUUUUUGUUAGUCAUGGCUAUACCGGCUUUACUUCGCCGUAUCACCUUGAUAAACGGGACCCUGUAUUCCGCCGCUGCUCUUCGCUUCGCUUCAUGCCAGUCUGAGAAAAAAGUCUUCUUUGAUGUAACUGCUGAUGGAGAACCUCUCGGUCGCAUUGUCAUAAAGUUGGAAACUGACAUGGUCCCUAAGACAUCAGAGAAUUUUAGAGCUCUGUGUACUGGCGAGAAAGGUUUUGGAUAUAAAGGAUCGUCAUUCCACAGGAUCAUUCCUAACUUUAUGUGUCAAGGCGGCGAUUUCACUAACCACAAUGGUACUGGAGGAAAGUCCAUUUAUGGCCGUGUUUUCCAAGAUGAGAACUUCAAACUGAAGCACACUGGCCCUGGUAUCUUAUCAAUGGCUAAUGCUGGUCCAAACACUAAUGGGUCUCAGUUCUUCAUCACAACAGUUCCUACACCCUGGCUUGACAAAAAGCAUGUUGUAUUUGGUGCUGUAGUAGAGGGCAUGGAUGUUGUAAGUAAAAUGGAAGGUCUUGGAUCUAAAAGUGGCAAGCCCACUAAGAAAAUUGUGAUUGCUGAAUGUGGUGAGUUGGACUAAACCUUAUCACAGUAUGUGUAUGAUUUGGUGUAUAGUAAGUAGAUACAAAAGUAGAAAUAAUUAAUAAUAUUAAGUUGUCAAUUAGAAUCUGUAGAUAUCAUAAAAA